AUGCAGCAGCAUCGGUGGUUGAACAGCGCACUACGGACGCACGCACUCAACAGACAGACGGACACAUCCGCGCAGACUGUCAGACGAGAGUUGUGUGAAGGGGCGGCAAUAUCCCGCACACUGCUGCGCUCACUCCACCCAACUGCCACGCCGAGAUCUGUGCGAUGGCCACCGCACCGCCGCCGGUUGCGACAGUGCACGCCUUGCACGCGCUGCUGCGGUCGUUCGUUGGUGCAAGCUUCGGUCGUACGAGGCUUUCAGUGUCAAACACUCGUUUGGUGA